AUGGGGAUUAUUUCCCUGAGGUCUUUCCUCCAAAGUCUCUGCUGCAAUUCUCCAUGGAAUUAUGCUGUGUUCUGGAAGUGCAAGCAUCAAGGCGAUAUGAUAUUGGUAUGGGAAGAUGGCUACUGUGACAGUUGGAAGCUGAGAAAUCCAAUGGAGGGCACUUUAGAUGGUUUCGACUUAGAAAACUCAAACAAGAUAUCAUCCUCAGCUCAUAAAUCUAGUGUACCUGAUGAAAACCCAAGUGAAUAUCCAAUUUCUCUUGCAGUUUCUAACACGUCAAAUGCAUAUCAUUUAUUUGGAAAGGGAACUGUCGGCGAGGCGGCAUGUACUGGGAAUUCUCGCUGGAUUUAUUCCGAUAGCAUGGCGACUAAUGUAUUUUGUUCUGGUUUAGUUGCUAAGCGUCCGCAUGAAUUGCUGCCUCAGAUUUUGGCUGGCGUAAAGACAAUAUUGCUUUUGCCAGUGCUUCCCCACGGAGUUCUACAGCUUGGAUCAAUGGAAAUGGUAGCAGAAGAUGCAGCAAUAGGUGCUUAUAUCAAAUCUGAGUUUGAGACCCAUAAAAAAAUUGAGGCAUGUGAUGGAGAAUCGCCAACGCUUUUGUCUACUCUAAUGGAGAAUUUAGAGGAGAAAAUGAUCACUGACGUAUAUAAAAUAAAUGAAAAUGAGAAGGCCAUUAUGGAUGCUAGUUCAAUAGAUCACAACUUAUCUACUGCAAAUCAGACGAUGCCAGUGCCAGAGCCAUAUUUAAGUGGCAUUUCUGUAAAGGAUGUUCCAUAUACUCUUGAAAAUGUGAUAGAGAGCAAACUCAGCAGUCAAUCAUUAGGCAUGAUUCAUGCAGCUGAACCAGGACUCAGUCAUCAAUCACAUGAAGAUAACAAAUCAGUUAUAACAGAGAGUAACAUCUUCAAUUCCCUUUGUCUGGAUGAAAACAACAGAUCCUUCCCUUACAGUGACGACUUUGAUGUGACGAUGUGCGGAGAAUAUAUCAAUGAAAUGACAGAUUUUUACACUGAGCAAGGUGUAACUGUACCUACUAUUUCUGCCUACGAUUGUGAUAACAGCAUUUGUGAAAGUGGAGGUAACAUUUUGAGCUUCCCCAGGGACUGUGAACUGCACAAAGCACUUGGACCAGCAGUUUCAGGGAACCCCAGUCAAUAUCCAUAUGAAUUGUCUAUCUUGGGUGACAAUGUAGCUAGUAACUCGAUCCCUGAUGACUGUCAUCUCACCCGCAGAACGAGAUUUUCAGGGAUGGGAAAUGGAUUUCCUGUAAAAGAAAAUGAUAUUGGAAAACUUUUAGAAAAUGUUGUUGCCAAUGCAUGUAGUAACACUGAUGAUAAUUCUUCUGAUGAUAGUUCAUCUAACAAAUUCAACUGUGCAAGCGCAACGAAGAUUUCAUCUGGAUCUUUGGCUACCUGCAAAAUACCUAGUCAAUCCAAACAAGUAGCCUUGGUGGAAGAAGAUCAAGUUUCUUGGAGCUUUGCAACAUCUGUCUUUACGUCCAAGAGAAAGAAUACUGUAGAUUGUUUGUUGCCUUCAGCAUCUUCAAUUGAAAGCACCAUGAGUGUAUUGACGCACAAGCAGCAGCAGCGGAGGAAAGGACUGGGUUCCAUGAACCCAGGUAAAGGAGUAAGCUUGUCAAGCACCAAAAAGAGAAAGGUACAUGCUGGGGAUAAUCGGAGGCCUAGACCACGCGAUAGACAGUUGAUUCAAGAUCGGAUCAAGGAGCUGCGGGAGCUUGUCCCAAAUGGUGCAAAAUGUAGCAUUGAUGGACUUCUAGAUAGGACCGUAAAUCACAUGCUCUUCUUAAGAAGUGUAACUGACCGGGCUGAUAAAUUGAGGCAGCAAGCUCUGAAAGAGGAAACUGGUGAAAAUAUUCCCAAAAAACCUGAAAUUAACAGUGACCAUCAAAAUGGGACAAGCUGGGCUGUGGAAUUAGGAAGUGAGCAACUGUGCCCCAUAGUUGUAAAAGAUCUUGAGCACCCUGGACACAUGCUUAUAGAGAUGAUGUGUAAUGACCAUAGUCGCUUUCUCGAAAUUAAUGAUGUGAUUUAUCAUUUGCGACUAACUGUGCUUAAGGGUGUCAUGGAAAGACGCUGUGACAAUACAUGGGCCUGCUUUGUUGUCGAGGCCUCGAGAAACUUUCAUCGUCUGGAUAUCUUCUGGCCUUUAAUGCAGCUUCUGCAACAAAAUUAG